AUGGGAUGUACUCUGAGCGCAGAGGAGCGAGCCGCCCUCGAGCGGAGCAAGGCGAUUGAGAAAAACCUCAAAGAGGAUGGCAUCAGCGCCGCUAAAGACGUGAAAUUACUCCUGCUGGGGGCUGGAGAAUCAGGAAAAAGCACCAUUGUGAAGCAGAUGAAGAUCAUCCACGAAGACGGCUUCUCUGGCGAAGACGUGAAGCAGUACAAGCCGGUGGUCUACAGCAACACCAUCCAGUCCCUGGCAGCCAUCGUCCGGGCCAUGGACACUCUGGGCAUCGAGUACGGUGACAAGGAGCGAAAGGCUGAUGCCAAGAUGGUGUGUGACGUGGUGAGUCGGAUGGAAGACACGGAGCCCUUCUCUCCAGAGCUGCUCUCCGCCAUGAUGCGACUCUGGGGCGACUCGGGGAUCCAGGAGUGCUUCAACAGGUCUCGGGAGUAUCAGCUCAACGACUCUGCCAAAUACUACCUGGACAGCCUGGACCGGAUCGGGGCAGCCGACUACCAGCCCACCGAGCAGGACAUCCUCCGAACCAGGGUCAAAACCACCGGCAUCGUAGAGACCCACUUCACGUUCAAGAACCUCCACUUCAGGCUGUUUGACGUCGGGGGCCAGCGGUCUGAGCGCAAGAAGUGGAUCCACUGCUUCGAGGACGUCACGGCCAUCAUCUUCUGCGUCGCGCUCAGCGGCUAUGACCAGGUGCUCCAUGAAGACGAGACCACGAACCGCAUGCACGAGUCGCUGAAGCUCUUUGACAGCAUCUGCAACAACAAAUGGUUCACGGACACGUCCAUCAUCCUGUUUCUUAACAAGAAGGACAUAUUCGAAGAGAAGAUCAGGAAGUCUCCGCUCACCAUCUGCUUUCCGGAGUACACAGGCCCCAACUCCUUCACAGAAGCCGUGGCUUAUAUCCAGGCCCAGUAUGAGAGCAAGAACAAGUCCGCCCACAAGGAGAUCUACACCCACGUCACCUGUGCCACCGACACCAACAACAUCCAGUUUGUCUUUGAUGCCGUGACGGACGUCAUCAUCGCCAAAAACCUUCGGGGCUGUGGCCUCUACUGAGCCCCGGCCUCACUGCCCAGCCCCCUGCCACCCUGCUGCCCCAGCCCACCCUGGAGCCCACGCUCCACCACCUCCCAGCCCACU